CAAAAUGGCUCCCACAACUUUAACGCUGAUUCUUUUCAUGCUAGCAGCUGUAGCAGCAAAAGAUACAUACACAGAAACAUGCUACACUGGAGAUUUCCUGUUGGUGAGGAAAUCAAAUGAUCCAUCAUUUGAAAGUGAAAAAAAGGCACCAAACUGUGACCUUCUACUAGGAUACUACUCUCAAGCUGCAUCUGUAUCUAUAAACCAGUGCUUCAAACGCUCAUGUAUGGUGAUGGAUGCCAAUGUUAUUUACUUUGAUGAACUGCACAAGAGAUGUGACAUUUAUAGAUGUGAAUCAAAAGUGGAUGGGUCAGAUUGGGACUACAACUGGGGAAGAAAUCCAAUGCUUUAUGAUGUAGGGAAAACCUUUGCUCGACCACAUCCAUCUACUCCUAAGUGCCACAAUUCAUUUUUUGUUCGAAGAACAUGGCAUGAAAGUAACAAUUUCAAAUCUAAUUGUGCCUCUAUGAUGAUAGAACAACAAACUGUCAACAAUGUUCAAAGUCUCCGAGAAUGCAUGGACAAGGCAUGUAAAGACAAUGCAAAUGUUUUUAACUUUUAUUUAAGUGACAAUAAUGAAUACAUUUGUGAAACAAAGCACUGCAAAUGGAUCACUGCAUCUAAUGAUUACAAUUUCAAUAUGAUAACUGAUGAUAACAACAAAGGUGGACCUAAAUAUGUUUACAGUCUUUCUCAUACUGCUAAACCAUUUCACACAUUUAAACAAUCAGUUCAAAUUUCCAUUUAUGGAGAACCACAACCAACAGCAUGUGUUGAAGAAGGUCACAUGUAUUUCAAAGACAAAAACGAGCAUGUUUUGAACUCAUUGUAUGACAAUGGAUACAACUCUUUUCAACAAAUAGAAACGGGUUAUCUUGCAUUUAAGUGCAGCAGCAAUGAAGAGGGAACAGGUUUUAAAUACUAUUACACUACCAAAUGCCACUAUAAGGAUGAAGAUCAAACAGAGUGGUGGAAUGCAAUUUACCCUGGUACACCAAACUGUGGUUCAGAUAUAUUCACACUCAGAAGUAUUGGGGCACUUUGUCAGAAAGCUGAAUGUGGACAAAGUUUGACCUUUAAUGCUGUGGAUUUGCGACAAUGCAUGUUAUAUGCAUGUAAUGAGAAAUUCAAUGUCAUAAACUAUUUUAGCAAUACAACAACUGUUGUAUGUGAUAUCAGAAAUUGCGAUGAGUCUGAAAAUGGCAAUUAUGAGCUCAAUUUAAAAAAAGACGCAGAGCAUGCUUAUGACAUUUAUGUACUAGCUCCUGAUCCCACUAAACUUAUGGUUACCCAACCCAAAUAUGAUCAAACAUCCUUUAGUACCAUAGCAAGCCCAACGUCUACAAAAUUAGAUAUAACUAUGGAAAGUGAGACCCCUGCCACGACAAAAAGUGAAACAAUAAUCAAGGACUGUAUAGUUCAAAAUGUAAUUGUAUUUGUACUUGUAAUUUUUAAUAUUGCUUCUAUCUCAUUUUUAAUAUAUUGCCUCACAAAAGUUGAUUCCAAAAAACAGAACUAG